UCCGAGCUUGGGCUGCGUGGACAGUUGUAGGCGAGUACGGAAGCCGGGACGGGUCUGUCCUUUUCGUUCUUUGAGUUCGAGGGAAAGAAGGAAGCGGCGAUGGCUCCCAAAGGCGGCAGCGGCGGAGGAGGGGGGUCCCGGCAGCAGUCCGAGGAGGAGCUGCUCCUGCAGGACUUCAGCCGCAACCUCUCAGCCAAGUCCUCGGCGCUCUUCUUCGGCAACGCCUUCAUCGUCUCCGCCAUCCCCAUCUGGCUCUACUGGCGGAUAUGGCACAUGGAUCUUGUUCAAUCUGCAGUCCUCUACAGUGUCAUGACACUUGUCAGUACAUAUCUGGUUGCUUUUGCCUACAAGAAUGUAAAAUUUGUUCUUAAACACAAGGUAGCCCAGAAAAGGGAAGAUGCUGUUUCCAAAGAAGUAACUCGCAAACUUUCUGAAGCAGACAAUAGGAAGAUGUCACGUAAGGAGAAGGAUGAGAGAAUUUUGUGGAAGAAGAAUGAAGUGGCAGACUAUGAAGCAACAACAUUUUCUAUCUUCUACAACAAUACCCUCUUCUUAGUUCUGGUCAUAGUUGCUUCCUUUUUUGUACUGAAGAAUUUCAAUCCCACAGUAAACUACAUCCUUUCCAUCAGCGCUUCGUCUGGAUUGAUUGCUUUGCUAUCGACAGGCUCCAAGUAAAUGGAAUUGUUUCAGAAGAUGGGCCCUAUUUAGUUGUGCACAGCUGGAAAGAAAGUGGGGAGGGUAUUGCCUUGUUUAUAGUUUGAUAGCAUGAUGAUUACUUUUCUCUACCCCCUCCCCCCAAGAAGAUUAGAUGGGAAAAAAUACUAUACUCUUGUCAGAACAGAGCCGAGCACAUCAGAUCUUCCAGUCUCGACCCAAAAUAUACUUAAAAUAUUUUUGACAGUUAAAGCCUCUGUCAGACAUUGGAUUGCAGGAACAUCAAUUGAGAGGAAUGUCAUUUGUGUCUGGCACCCUUGAGGAGAAAUGUUUUGUCCUUUGCAAUCUGUCAGGAAAACACACCUUAUGGGCAGCAAGCAGUGACUGUAUUUUAUAGUAUUUUGUAGCCAUGUUUGAAUAAAAGCGUCAAAAAUA